AGCUUGACAUGUUGUUGUAGCUCAAAUUUGAAAGAUGUAUAUGAUCCGAACUACAGCUCGUUCUUUUAUUUCCGCCAUUGCUUGAGAAAGUUUGGAAAUUAUGGGCAAGCCAAGAGGUCUCCGCACAGCUAGGAAGCAUGUGAAUCAUCGCCGUGAUCAGCGUUGGGCUGAUAAAGAUUACAAGAAAGCUCAUUUGGGAACCAGAUGGAAGGCCAAUCCUUUCGGAGGAGCAUCACAUGCCAAAGGCAUUGUGCUCGAGAAAGUUGGUGUUGAAGCCAAACAGCCUAAUUCUGCCAUCCGUAAGUGCGUGAGAGUGCAGCUCAUCAAGAACGGCAAAAAAAUUACCGCAUUCGUUCCACGUGACGGUAGCUUGAACUACAUUGAAGAGAACGACGAAGUCCUUGUUGCCGGUUUCGGUCGUAAAGGUCACGCCGUUGGUGAUAUUCCCGGUGUACGGUUCAAGGUUGUUAAGGUUGCAAACGUUUCACUGCUCGCUUUAUACAAAGAAAAGAAGGAGCGCCCAAGAUCAUAAAUCUUGAACUUAAUGGAUGUAAUACAUUCUUUUAUAGUAUGUACAGUAAAAGUAUACAAUUAAUAAAAACAUGAAAAAUAGUUCUAAGAUU